GGCUGUGGAUGACAAUAUCAUCCAAAUAGGCCACUGCGUACUGUUAGUGAGGUCGGAGGAUUCGUUCCAUCAGGCGCUGGAACGUGGGCAGGGCUCCGUGGAGACAGAAUGGGAGCACCCGGUACUGACACAAGCCGUCCGUCAUCGAAAACGCCGUUUUCCCCCGGGAUGAGGCUGCCAAUGGUACCUGCCAAUAUCCUUUGGUCAAGGGUGCUGAUGUACCGGGCCUUUCCCAAUCGGUCGAUGAGCUCGUCCACCCUCAGCAUGGGGUAGGCGUCGAACAAGCUGAUGUCAUAUCACACCCCGGAAAUCAUUACAGAAACGUAGGCUACCGUCCGGUUUGGGCACCACGAUGGGGCUGCACCAUGCGCUGUGGGACUCUUCGACAACCCCCAUCCUCAGCUUAGCCUCCACUUCCUGCUUCACGUCCUUCAGGCCUCUGGGAUCCAAUAUGGCUUCUUUCGUACCGUUUCCCCAGGCCGGGUGGGGACGUGGUGUUCAAUGAGGGUCGUGUGGCCUGGCUUCUUGGAGAAUACCUGUUUUCUGAUCGAUGAGCUCCCUGAGCGCUUGCUUCUGGGCCGGGUCGAGGUCCUCAUUGCUCGGGAACACCACUGGUACCGUUCGCGUCCUGGGUCCCGACCAUAACACGGCCAAGGCUGUUCUCUCGUGCCACCUCUCAGUUAGGUUCACAUGGUAAAUCUGUUGGUGUUUCUGCCUCCCCGGCUGCCGUACACGGUAAUUGACGGUUCGCAGCUUCUCUAUCACCUUGUACGGCCCAUGUUUCCAGGAACUUACUUUCUGCCUUGGGGAUUAAGAACAACACCUUGUCUCCCAACUGGAAUUCUCAGGGCUGAGUUCCCCGAUUGCAGACCUGGGCUUGGGCGCGUUGGGCCUUCUCCAUGUGUUCCCUUACCACUGGCCAUAUGGAUGUUAUCCACUCCCUCAUCGUCUCCACGUUUUCUACCGCCUGUUGUGCUUGUUGGGCCCGGACGAAUUGAGCUAUCAACUCUUCCAUGCUGAUGCUGCGUAAACGUCAACCCUGAUCUGACACAUUAUCAGAUUGUUCGCAUUCUCCACCACUUGUGGCAGAUCAGGGGGUUUGGUCAAGACGUUUACACAGAUCAGACACGGACAGAAUUUUAUUAGCUCGGUUUAAAGGAUGUUUAUUUAAAUAACAAACCAAAAAGAAAAGGUCUCCUUCAUAAGAUCUCCUCCAGGUUAGUGUCUUCUGGGCACCGAGGUCAAGCGGUAUCCCGUGGGGAACAAAACUGAGCUCCCUCCGUUAUCUCUUGUACUAAGCACGACUAUGCAGGAGUAACCUCUCUUUCCCAGACCCCUCUCCCGUGUGCUGCCAUCCUGGCAACUUAAUGGGCCUCAUCCAGCUGGUGUGCAAUCAGCCCCUUGAUUACUCACCAACCACAAUCAGCCCCAAUUAGUCCUGGCUGGAGAGCCCGUCAAGACCUGGCAUGUCCAGCAGAGGGAACCAUCGCCUCGGGAUGUAGACUGUCUGUUACCAGGCCUCGACGAGUCUCCCCGUGGUGGCUGACCUGCUGUAUGCCACACAGGACACAGUGGAUCAGAUGGUGAAGAGAUACGACCCUGAGGGAGCUGUGGGGAACACAGUGAAUAUCCUGAGGAAGAUGAAUCAGCAUGAUCUCACUAAGUUACAGAGAGAUCAUAGAGAGAGACCACUGGAGGUGGACUGUCCUCCCAUCCUAGAGAGCCCACUGGAGGUGGACUGUCCUCCCAUCCUAGAGAGACCACUGGAGAUUGACUGUCCUCCCAUCCUAGAGAGCCCACUGGAGGUGGACUGUCCUCCCAUCCUAGAGAGCCCACUGGAGGUGGACUGUCCUCCCAUCCUAGAGAGCCCGCUGGAGAUGGACUGUCCUCCCGUCCUAGAGACACCACUGGAGAUGGCUAACAGUCUCAACACAGAGGUAUCUGUGAACACCCAGGAGAACACCCAGAGGAUGGAUGAGGAGUUGGGAAGAGAAAGGGAUUCUCCUCUCCUCUUGGAUCACCAUCACAUGAGUUCUCCAGAUGAAUUUACACCUGAAAUCCACGAUCAGGACAACAGGGGAGAAUACCGAUUCCAGUGCCCCCGUGCAGGUCUGUUCCAGUGCAGUAUAACAGGCCUGGUGUUUAGGAUGGAGGGAGAGGGAGAGGUGCUCUAUAGGACAGUCCCCUGGGACAGGAGUCUUCUAGCCCAGAAAGGCAAGAGGCCUGCAGGACCCCUGUUCAAUAUUGACUGCCCUCAGAAGUCUGUCAGUCAACUACAUCUCCCACAUUGUGAGAUUCUUUCUGAGGGUGGAUGUGACUUCCUGUCUGUAGCCCAUGUGACUGAUGACAUUGAGUUCAUCCCUCCUCUUGAGACAACAGAAAAACACAUCAUAAUAAACAUCACUGGAUUCUCUGCUUAUGGUGAAGUCAAGGAUGAUAAUGCUCCCAUCACCUCCAUAAAUGCACACGUGUUGCUAUUUUACCUACCUCAACCUGUCCCUAGAAGAAAGGCCACUCUGAAUGUGUUGUUGCUGCCCAGUAAUGUUGUGAUCAGGGAGGUGAAGGAAAAGAUGGAACACUUGUCUGAUUCAAAGGUUAUCUACAUCAUAACACCUUCUGAAUGUGAACUAAUCCCUCAGCAACAAUACAGUCUAUCCACUGAUCUGGUCCAGACAGGUCUAGUGAUUCAACCCAAGAUUAAAAGGUUUGUGGACAAUCACUCCUCUGAAAACUACGUCCCAGCAUUCCAGGUGUUGUUACAAUAUGACACUAUGGAGGUGAAUCUAUUUCUGAGGAAAGAAAAUCCUGGAAGCACAUCUACUGUGAGAGAAGACAAUGUCUGGGAAAACCUUGUCCUGCUUCCAGCUACGCCCCCAGCGGAUGACUCAGCAGUCUCCCCAACAGAAGUUCCCUCUUCAGUUACACCACCAGGUGGAGUUACAGCAGCAUCCAAACUGCAUGAACCUGCUGCUCCCCCUAUGGACAUUUCCACCCACCCCCCUCAGACUUCUACUCUGCCCACCACCUCAAUGGUAAUUCAAUCACUGUUAGUUGUUAAUAUGAAUAUAUAAUCUCUAUUUUUUAUUAGAUUUUAGUUUUUUUUCCACUGUGUCCCCAAUGGACAUUUACUCUGUCUGACUGCUUCUCCCUCUAUGGACAUUUACUCUGUCUGACUGCAGCUCCCUCUAUAGACAUUUACUCUGUCUGACUGCUUCUCCCUCUAUAGACAUUUACUCUGGCUGACUGCUGCUCCCUCUAUAGACAUUUACUCUGUCUGACUGCUGCUCCCUCUAUAGACAUUUACUCUGUCUGACUGCAGCUCCCUCUAUAGACAUUUACUCUGUCUGAAUGCUGCUCCCUCUAUGGACAUUUACUCUGUCUGACUGCUGCUCCCUCUAUAAACAUUUACUCUGACUGCAGCUCCCUCUAUAGACAUUUACUCUGUCUGACUGCUUCUCCCUCUAUGG